GUUAAUGGGCACAGGACGAAAUGGUGAAAAUAACAAAUUUCAAGUGAAAUACUCCGACUCGAAGGUCUGCAAGAGUUUUUUGCUGGCCUGCUGUCCCCAUGAAAUCCUAUCAUCAACGUUCUAUUUCCAGAGUCUCUGGAAAAAGCAAUUCCAAUCAGAUCCAUUGUACAAUAUUGUUGCGAGUAUUGUCCGCUCAUAUGUCCGUGUUGUACUUGUCACUCUCACACGCGCGUUACUGUAAGUACUGAAAACGAGAAGAGGACGUACGUAUUACACCUACAAUUUGAUUACCUUUACCAUAAUUCAAGUGCUAGAUAUACAUAUAUAUAUGCAUAUCUAUAUCUAUAUCUAUAUAUUAAUUCGAUAUGAGACGCAAAGGCGGGCGAUUACCUCAGCCCCUCUACCGGUAUUCCACACGGUGGUGAGGCUGAGUAAUGCCGAACGAUAAAUUCCCAGACCCCCGAAACGGCCUGUAAACAGUGAAUCGGUGAGUAGCGUCAUGCUGAUUCAUGAGACGAUGUCUUAAUGUCGCUUCUUACUAAUAAUGCCGUUUACGGCAGGUAGGAAUGAGAAGUUUACUUUGAGAAUGUGUGUGAGAAAAAAAAUAUCAGCCUACGGAAGUAUGGGUGCAGGAAAUGAAGCAGUGAUCUGUAAGUAAGAUUUGCGAAUUGCCAAGAACCGUUCGGCUCGUUGUUGGCUCCUCCGCGGGAGUCUGUCGGUGAAUCAUGAUCCUCCGGAUCUGCCAAAGAAUACAAAGAACGACAAAUACGUCCGAUCUGGCCGCUCGAGUAACGCGGAUUUCUCGCUCGUUGUCCAAUUUCGAUGCCGAUUCUAUGAUCGCGACUCUCUGAAUCGGUAUGAAAUGAUGCGGAUCUCAAAUUACAUCCGUGAGCAGCCUCGCGACGAUCAAGAACGUUUUUAGCCAAGUUUCUCGGGUUUCCUCGGGUUGUCUCGCUUGCGCGGUACUUGCUCUGGCAAUUUGCAACACCCAAACGUGUCGACAAGAGAAAAAGAGAGAGGUGGCAUGACGCAGAGAGAUGUGUGAUUAGGCGGAUUAGUACAACAAGCGGCAGUUCCAUUAGAAAAAUUUCCUUCAACCAUUGGAUAUGUACGUAUUGAAUCCGUUUUUCCUAAAAUCCGUUCAGCAGCCAACGUAAGACAUAAUUCGUGCCGUACGUAAAUUAGUAUAAUAAACCAUUAUAAGCUGUAAGUUCUUUCUCGUAGAAAGAGUGAACAUUAUGAACUUAAGAUGUGUGCUGAUUAUAGCUUCAUUGCCAUCGCAUUCUCGUGUCAGGCGGAGAACUGUUGCCACCCUCCCGUGCAGGAAGACGAACUGACAUCUCUGUGAGUUCAUGUAAAAAGAAAAAAAAAAGAAAAACCUAUUGGAAACCGUCUUAUCCUAAGGAUACAGGCGAUAAGCUCUGAAUCUUUGUCAUAUGAUCUCUGUCUCUCUCCUAGAUUAUCGAUUCAAUGUUAAUUUCCAGUCGCAAUUAACGCGACCAAGUACGUUAUAUAUUCCUGUCAAGUAAGAGUAUAUCUUGUAAAUGCAAAGUUGGGGAGGGUCUAACUCGUAAUACGCAUAGAAUCGAUAAGGCCCCGCGUACGUGACGAGCUUAAUCUAAUACAGAAUCUGUUUGUAAAUCGUAGCGCAUGGACCUGGGAGAAUGCCCCCAGAUUCACGACUUGGCCCUACGGGCCGACUACGAGGCUGCGCAAAAGAAGCGAGAUCAUUUUUACGACAUCGAUGCAAUGGAGCACCUUCAGAACUUUAUCGCCGACUGCGACCGUCGUACGGAGCAGGCUAAGCAACGAUUGGCCGAGACGCAGGAAGAGCUGAGCGCGGAGGUGGCAGCGAAAGCGAACAACGUCCACGUGCUCGCCGAAGAGAUUGGUAAGAAACUAGCCAAGGCCGAGCAACUCGGCGAAGAAGGCUUCGUCGAGGAGUCGAUGAAGCUGAUGGGCGAGAUCGACGAGCUGCGUAAGAAGAAGAACGAAGCCGAGCAGGAAUAUCGAAACAGUAUGCCAGCGUCAAGUUAUCAGCAACAGAAAUUACGUGUAUGUGAAGUGUGUAGCGCAUAUCUCGGCAUACACGACAACGAUAGGCGGUUGGCCGAUCACUUUGGUGGUAAAUUGCAUCUGGGCUUCAUCAAGAUCCGCGAGAAACUCGCCGAGCUUCAGAAGACGGUCGAGGAGAGGCGCAAAGAGAAGCGCGAGUCUAUGCUCGACAGGAGACGUGACAGAGACAGGGAGGACCGCGACAGAGAUCGUGACAGGGACAGAAACCGUGGAGGAUUAGGCUUUAGAGACCGUGACCGCGAUCACGAUCGUGACCGCGAUCGCGACCGCGACCGUGAACGCGACCGUGACCGUGGUGACCGUGACCGUACCCGAGAUCGUGAUCGUGAUCGUGAACGCGAUCGCGAUCGCGAUCGCAGAGACAGGGACAGAAGGAAGUCACGAUCUCGCAGUCAUAGUCGUGGAAAAAGAUCAAAACGUUCCCGCAGUGGCAGUUAUAGCCGUCGAUCUCGUUCCCGUCGCAGCGGAUCAAACGACCGCAAGAGAUAAGAGAGAAGAUGUAUGACAACCUAUGCUCAAUUUCUUUUCCAUCUGACACGCGCACACGUACAUGUAAUGUGCAACACCGCGCGCACGAGACAUUUGUGCCGUUUUAUGGAGUUAUCCGUCGUAAUAAACGUGAAGUGCUCCGUGUUGAUAUAAUCUUUGUACAUUCUUAUUAUUAUCGGUAUAUCGAUAUAACUAUUUAUGCAUAACACCUGUGUAUUUCGUUUAGAUAUACUAUAAAUUCAGAUGGAUAUAUAUACAUAUAUUAUUAUCUAUUUUGUCUUUUAAACUAGUUUUAAUCUAUUGUAAAUAAGAAUAGCUUAAGUAAGGCAGUUGUUAUAUGCUCAUCAUAUUGAGCCUAUGUAGCAAUAGUAAGAAUAAAAUAAUAAAGGUACAUUUCAA